CUCAGUCUCAAACCAUGAAUUAUGUGGGACCGUUGGCGGGUCAGGUGAUUGUCACUGUGAAAGAACUCUACAAAGGCAUCAACCAGGCCACCUUGUCUGGUUGCAUCGAUGUCAUUGUACUACGGCAGCAGGAUGGCACAUACCAGUGCUCUCCUUUCCACGUGCGUUUCGGGAAGCUGGGCGUCCUAAGGUCCAAAGAGAAAGUGAUUGACAUAGAGAUCAAUGGGGAUGCAGUGGAUCUUCACAUGAAAUUGGGUGAUAAUGGAGAAGCUUUCUUUGUGGAGGAAACCGAAGAGGAAUAUGAAAAACUUCCUGCUUACCUUGCCACUUCGCCAAUUCCUACUGAAGAUCAGUUCUUUAAAGAUAUGGACGCCCCUUUGUUGAAGCCAGGUGGAAAUGAAAGACCAUCUCAAAGUUCAAACAUCUCUCACAAAGUAGAAACGACAGUUUUCGCUCCAGGUUCUGUGAAAAAGAAAAAGAAGAGGAGGAAGAAAUGUAAACCUGACAAUAAGAAGGAAGACCGGGCCAUCUCUCCUGCUGCAGAAGACACUGCAGAUCUUGGCCUGAGCUCUGAUGAAGACAAGGGCACCCCAGCUGCAAGAGCAUCUUUAAAUGUUUCCUUAAAGGAAGAGGAAUAUAAGGAACCUUUGCUCUUUCAUUCUGGGGAUCACUAUCCCUUAUCUGAUGGAGAUUGGUCCUCUUUAGACAGUGCCUAUUCCCCUGUGCCCUGUCCUAAAAGCGAUUCUGAGCUAGAGGUGAAGCCCACCGAGAGCCUGCUCAGAUCAGAGUCACACAUGGAAUGGUCUUGGGGUGGUUUCCUGGAGUCCACCAAGGUCAGCAAAAGAGAGAAAGCUGAUCAUCACCCUAGGACAGCUACAAUUACACCAUCAGAAAAUACCCAUUUUCGGGUGAUUCCCCCCGAGAACAAUCUUAUAAGUGAAGUUGCAGAUAGUUUCAUGGAAGAAACUGUCUGUACCAUAGUGAAGCCGAAACCCAGAGCCCCAUGUAAACAGAUGAGUGAUGCAAUUUCUGCAAAAUCUCUUGAAUCUCCCCUGGAACCACCUCCAAUUUCAUCUAUGUUAGAUGCGGACAACCUUCCUGCUCCAUCCUUCGUGGAGACACCCUUGGACUCCAAACCAGCAGCAAAAGUAGAUUCACCAUCAAAGAAGAAAGGUGUCCAUAAGAGAAGCCAACACCAGGGACCUGAUGAUAUUUAUCUAGAUGACUUAAAGGCUCUGGAACCUGAAGUAGCAGCCCUUUAUUUUCCUAAAAGUGAAUCUGACCCCGGUUCCAGGCAGUGGCCCGAGUCAGACACGUUCUCUGGCUCCCAGUCGCCACAGUCUGUGGGUAGUGCCGCGGCUGACAGUGGCACUGAGUGCCUCUCAGAUUCUGCCAUGGACUUGCCAGACGUCACCCUCUCCCUUUGCGGGGGCCUCAGUGAGAAUGGAGAAAUUUCUAAAGAAAAAUUUAUGGAGCAUAUCAUUACUUAUCAUGAGUUUGCAGAAAAUCCUGGCCUUAUAGACAAUCCGAACCUUGUAAUAUGGAUCUAUAAUCAUUACUAUAAUUGGGCUUUGGCUGCUCCCAUGAUCCUCAGCUUGCAAGUAUUCCAGAAAAGUUUGCCUAAGGCCACAGUUGAGUCUUGGGUCAAAGAUAAGAUGCCAAAGAAAUCUGGACGUUGGUGGUUUUGGCGUAAAAGAGAAAGUUACAAACAGCUGCCAGAGACCAAGGAAGGGAAAUACGAGGUGCCACCAGUCAGUGAGCUGCUGCCCAGUGGGAAGGAGCCCCCUAGUGGCAGGCUGGCAGAGGAUAAUUCAUCCAGUGAUGAGGGUUCCCAGGAGCUCGAAGAAUCCAUCAAAGUGGAUUCUGUUCCCACAGAGCCUCCAAGCCAUAGCAGAGCCACCUCCUAUAAGAAGUCUCUGCGACUAUCAUCAGACCAGAUCGCAAAACUAAAGCUGCAGGAUGGCCCCAAUGAUGUCGUGUUUAGUAUUACAACCCAGUAUCAAGGCACCUGCCGUUGUGCCGGUACCAUUUACCUGUGGAACUGGAAUGACAAAAUCAUCAUCUCUGACAUCGAUGGGACAAUAACCAAGUCUGAGGCUUUGGGACAAAUUCUUCCACAGCUGGGUAAAGACUGGACUCAUCAGGGGAUAGCAAAGCUGUACCAUUCCAUCAAUGAAAAUGGCUACAAGUUUCUAUACUGCUCUGCCCGUGCCAUCGGCAUGGCCGACAUGACGGGGGACUACCUGCACUGGGUCAAUGAUAAGGGCACCAUCCUACCCCGUGGUCCUCUGAUGCUGUCACCCAGUAGCUUGUUCUCUGCCUUCCACAGGGAAGUGAUAGAAAAGAAACCAGAGAAGUUCAAAAUACAGUGUCUGAAUGAUAUCAAGAAUUUGUUUGUCCCAUCCAAGCAACCUUUCUAUGCUGCCUUUGGAAACCGACCAAAUGAUGUGUAUGCUUACACACAAGUUGGAGUUCCAGACUGUAGAAUAUUCACCGUGAACCCCAAGGGCGAAUUAAUUCAAGAACGGACCAAAGGGAACAAGUCAUCGUAUCACAGACUGAGUGAGCUCGUGGAACACGUUUUCCCACUUCUCAGUAAAGAACAGAAUUCUGCCUUUCCAUGCCCCGAGUUCAGCUCAUUCUGCUACUGGCGGGAACCAAUCCCCAAAUUGGACCGGUACGACCUGGUCUGAGGCACAGCCAUCUGCGAUAUGCUCAGUCACCCAUCUCACAACAGGGAAGGGGACUGGCCCUUCUGCUGGACAGAGGACACCAGACCAAGGACUGGUUGCUGCUGACAUCUGGGGUACUGACUUUCUAGAACAAGAGCAGGUCAGCUCCUGGAUUAGAAGCUGCCUCCCCUCUUCUUCCUGGCUCUGCUACGGGGUCUGUGGCUCGGGGCCAUGCAGGGACAGCUGAGGGGAGCUCAGACAUGAUGGCAGUAGCCUGGGCUCCUGUCACUGUGUCACUCCAGACAUAUGCUCAGUGCAGGGUUGUCUUCCAGGUGCCCCUUGAAUUGUGUGCUUGAAAAGGACGGAGAAAGAAACCAUGUGUGGACCAAAGCAUUGAACCAAGUAAAGUGUUCUUUUCCGUGGGCAGUUGAAAGUGUUUCUCUCGGAAACCCGGGCUUCUUCAGGGGACAGUGUCCACGGAAUACUGUGCCCUGGUUAGUGAUGACAGUUCUCUGUGGGCUCCCCUGAAACAGGAAGCUGAUCCCCAGGGCUGCUGGCCCCAGCCCCUUCAAUUGUGGCCUUCUCAUAUGACUGCCACUCUGGGAGGCCCUUGACUUAGCUUCUAGGGCCUCGUCAGAAGAAACAGAUCUUGCAGGUUAGCACUAGCCUUUGGUUAAUUCACAGCAGAUGAUUCUCUCUUGGGGGAGACUAGGAAAAUGUACACAUGCAGUUGAGUCCUGGGAAAGUUUUUCUCUACCUGCCACUAUGCGUUUCCCCUCUCCCAAUUGUCAGUUGCCUAGACAGCACCUAAGCAGGGCUGUGGCCUGUCAGCCCCUUCAGAGCAACAGGAACCAGGAAUUCCAGGAGUCGUAUUAAUAAUCACACAGACAGAGAAUCGUUGGAGGCUUCCAGGGAACCACAAAUGAGCAAAUUGGGGUUUCUGAGGGGGACAAGAGUGAGACUCAGGCACCGAGGCCCAUGGAAGUGAUGGCUAUAGCUCCGUGCCCUGAAGCAUUCCUCUUCCCCUCCUGGUACAGGCUCACCUCUGACUUGUGGGUACUGCCCCUUCACCUCCCCUAAGAUAACAAGUGGCUAU